AUGGCACCCUCAUCACUCUUUUUGAGAUGCCUUACCAUCUCUAGUUUCAUAACUUCCAUUACGGCCCUCACAGGAUACCAAUUAAAAGAAAGUUAUAGUGGUAACACUUUUUUCGAUGCGUUUGAUUUCUUUACAGCGCCAGAUCCGACUCAUGGUUUUGUCACGUAUGUGAGUGAGAGUAAUGCGUCGCAGCAAGGAUUGAUAUCUGUGAGAAGUGAUGGGGUUUACAUGGGAGUUGAUUCCAAGACGAUAUUGAAUCCUAGUGGACCGGGAAGAAAUAGCGUGAGAAUUGAAAGUAAAAAAAGUUGGACUCAUGGACUUUUCAUCGCGGAUUUGAGUCAUAUGCCUGGUGGCGCCUGUGGUUCUUGGCCAGCGAUGUGGACUGUGGGUAACAAUUGGCCAUAUAAUGGGGAAAUCGACAUCAUUGAGGGUGUGAAUAGCCAGAACCACAAUCUCAUGUCUUUACACUCUGCGCCAACAUGCUCAGUCGCUGGCUCCGGACAAACUGGUACUCUUCAAAGCGCCAACUGCAACAACUUCGCCAACCCCGUCGGUGUCGGUUGUGGAAUCAGUGAUCCGCGCACCAAUAGCUAUGGCAGAGGAUUCAACCUCAAUGGUGGUGGUAUCUAUGCCAUGGAAUGGACCUCCUCCCACAUACGUGUCUACUUCUUCCCAGCCGGAACAGCACCCGCAGACAUCAACGGACCAAAUCCCGACCCAAGUAAAUGGGGAACCCCAGUUUCAAAUUUCAAAGCGGCAACUUGUGUAGACUAUGUGGCGAGUAAACCAGAGGCUUUUGGUGAUCAAUACUGGCUAGUCAAAUCAGUUAAGAUAUAUCAACUUGGAAAUGUUGCCAGCCCAGCACUUUCCAACAGUCCACCCGCAGGACCAGCGCCUUCUCCAAGUGCUAUUAUACCACAAGCAUCUCCUAUCGAUCCCCACCAAUCACAAAACGUUCCAGCUCCAGCUGUUACCCCCGCAACUCCAAUCAACACACCAGUCGCCCAGCCACCUUCUCAACCCAUCGGUAACAACAACCCCUUCCCAGACGACGACUCUAUUCUUAACCACAUCUCCGAUUUCAUCGGAAGCAUCGGCGACUUCGACGACGAAGGUAAUUGCACUCCCCCUCCACGUCCCGAACCCACCUAUGAUCCCAACUACCCCAACUGUGGCAGCGGUGGUAAAUGUCCGCUAACCCCCGCUUUCACCUGUACAGAAAAUCCCACCGACGAUCUCACAAACCUCAUGCCCGCUUCUCCCGCUCUCCCCAGCGUCACUCCCGCUUUCGAACUCCUCGGAAUUGCUAAACAGGCCGUUGCCUGGACGGGAGAUGAGGAUGAGGAUGCGGAGACGGAGACGGGAAACCCAUCGAGGGUGAUUGCGGCGAAACCAUUUUAUCCUGAUGAGGCGGGAAAUGGGAAUGAGACGGCGGGAUCGGCGGCUAGUCCAAAGCCGGUGUUGAAUUCGGGAGAUAAGAGUAAUGUGGUGGCUUUUGAGGGGGGUGCGGCGGAGGUGGUUGGUGGAGGGUUGGUGGUUUGGGGAGCGAUGGUUGUUAUUGGGGGCGUGGUUAUGAUGUAG